GACCGGAAGAGCGAUCUAGGGGAAAAAAAAAUAACGAAGCAGCUCGAGUCGGUAGAGUUAAGAUGGCGGCAUGUGGAUUGUUGUAGGAGCUUGUUGGAUGUUUCGGCGCUGGAUUUUUGUUACGUUUGAACAGAAUUUGUGUCGAAAUAACGCGACCAGACUUAGUAAAGUGUUAAAAGACCCACUCAGAGAGAUAAUUUCCCAUAUUUUGGGGUUGUUUCGGAUUUAAAUCAUGACCUCUAUCCACUUCGUUGUGCACCCGUUACCCGGGACUGAGGACCAGCUCAAUGACAGGCUUCGUGAAGUGUCUGAAAAACUCAACAAAUACAACUGUAACAGUCAUCCACAGCUUAACUUGCUGGAACAGGCCACGCUUAAACAGUGUGUAGUCGGACCAAACCACGCUGGCUUCCUGCUUGAGGAUGGCCGGAUCUGCAGGAUAAGCUUCGCCGUGCAGCCAGAUCGGCUGGAGCUGGGCAAGCCGGACGGAAACGAUGGUUCAAAGUUGAGCAGUGGCUCAGGGACAGGAAGGACCUCCAGGCCAGGUAGGACUAGUGAUCCACCCUGGUUCCUGUCUGGUUCUGACACUUUGGGCCGACUGGCAGGCAACACCCUUGGGAGUCGCUGGAGUUCAGGAGUCGGCGGAGGAGGUGGAGGCAGCGGGGGUAGCGGCGGUGGAGGGACAGGAGGAGGCGGGGGCAGUGGUGGUGGAGGAGGGGGGGCUAGCGGAGGGGGAGGAGCAUCUUCUGGUCGCUCAAGCGCUGCAGCGCGUGAUUCGCGGAGACAGACACGCGUGAUCCGCACGGGCAGAGACAGAGGGUCGGGACUGCUGGGGAGCCAGCCGCAACCUGUCAUACCAGCAUCUGUCAUUCCUGAGGAGCUCAUCUCUCAGGCCCAGGUGGUCCUGCAAGGCAAAUCGAGGAGCGUCAUCAUCCGAGAGCUGCAGCGCACCAACCUGGAUGUAAACCUGGCAGUGAACAACCUGCUGAGUAGAGACGACGAGGACGGGGAUGACGGUGAUGACACAGCCAGCGAGUCCUACCUCCCUGGAGAAGACCUGAUGUCGCUGCUGGACGCUGACAUCCACUCGGCACACCCCAGCGUCAUCAUCGACGCCGACGCCAUGUUCUCAGAGGACAUCAGCUACUUCGGUUACCCGUCCUUCCGACGCUCGUCGCUGUCACGCCUCGGCUCUUCACGAGUUCUCCUUCUUCCCUUAGAGCGCGACUCCGAGCUGCUUCGCGAGCGCGAGUCCGUGCUGAGGCUCCGCGAGAGGCGGUGGCUGGACGGAGCGUCCUUCGACGCAGAGCGCGGCUCCACCAGCCGGGACGGAGAACCGAACCUGGACAAGAAGAGCGUCCCUCUGCAGAGCCCCGUCUCUCUGGGAGAGGAGCUGCAGUGGUGGCCUGAUAAGGACAGUGUGAGGUUUGUAAGCAUCGGGGCGAUGUUCUCCGAGCUUGUGGCCGUCAGCUCCAAAGGGGAACUUUACCAGUGGAAGUGGAACGAACCAGAACCUUACAGAAACUCUCAAAAUCCUUCCAUCCAUCACCCUCGCGUGUCCUUCCUCGGCCUGAACAACGAGAAGAUCACGCUCUUGUCUGCUAACAGUAUUCGGGCGACGGUGGCUACAGAGUCCAACAAGGUGGCGACGUGGGUGGAUGACACUCUAAGUUCAGUAGCGUGUAAACUGGAACACGGGGCUCAGACGUUCCCAGAGCUGCAGGGUGAACGCAUCGUGUCUCUGCACUGCUGCUGUCUGUACACCUGCGCUCAGCUCGAGACCAGCCUUUACUGGUGGGGUGUUGUGCCUUUCAGUCAACGCAAAAAGAUGCUCGAGAAGGCCAGGGCUAAGAACAAGAAGCCCAAAUCCAGUGCCGGAAUUGCCUCCAUUCCCAACAUUACAGUGGGCACUCAGGUGUGUUUGAGGAACAAUCCCCUUUAUCACGCAGGCGCUGUGGCCUUCUCAGUGAACGCUGGUGUCCCCAAGGUAGGCGUCCUUCUCGAGUCCGUGUGGAACAUGAACGACAGCUGCCGCUUCCAGCUUCGUUCUCCUGAAAGCCUGAAGAACAUGGAGAAGAGCGCCAAGGCCCAGGAGACCAAGGCUGAGAUCAAACCUGAAAUGGUUAAAACAGAGAUGGGUCCUCCUCCGUCUCCGGCCUCCACGUGCAGUGAUACCUCCUCCAUCGCCAGCAGCGCCUCUCUGCCUUAUAAGCGGAGGCGCUCCACACCGGCGCCUAAAGAGGAGGAGAAGGUCAACGAAGAGCAGUGGCCUCUGCGCGAGGUCGUGUUUGUGGAGGAUGUUAAAAAUGUCCCAGUAGGGAAGGUGCUAAAAGUCGAUGGUGCAUAUGUUGCUGUGAAAUUUCCAGGGACGUCGAGCAGCGUGAGCAGCCAGAGUGCAGCUCCCACUGACUCUGACCCGUCCUCACUCCUGCAGGACUGCAGGCUGCUCCGAAUCGAUGAGCUACAGGUUGUUAAAACGGGUGGAACUCCUAAAGUUCCAGACUGUUUUCAGCGCACACCUAAAAAACUUUGUAUUCCAGAAAAGGCUGAAAUUUUAGCUGUGAAUGUUGACUCCAAAGGAGUCCAUGCUGUUCUCAAAACAGGAAGUUGGGUUCGGUACUGUAUAUUUGACUUGGCCACUGGCAAAGCCGAGCAAGAGAAUCAUUUCCCUACGAGUAACUUGGCCUUUCUGGGCCAGAGCGAGCGUAACGUGGCCAUCUUCACCGCUGGCCAGGAGAGCCCCAUCAUUCUGCGGGAUGGCAACGGCACCAUUUACCCAAUGGCCAAAGACUGCAUGGGUGGCAUCCGAGACCCUGAUUGGCUGGAUCUGCCACCUAUCGCUAGUUUGGGAAUCGGCGUUCACUCCCUUGCCAACCUGCCCAACAACUCCACAAUCAAAAAGAAAGCUGCAGUCAUCAUUAUGGCAGUAGAGAAGCAGACGUUGAUGCAGCACGUGUUGCGCUGCGAUUUCGAAGCUUGUCGGCAGUACCUGGUGGGUUUAGAGCAGGCCGUGCUCCUGGAGCAGAACCCUCACGCUCUCGGCGCUCUGCUCGGCCAUCGGUGUGACGGAAACAGGAACCUUCUGCACGCCUGCGUCUCCGUCUGCUUCCCCAUCAGCAACAAGGAGACCAAGGAGGAGGAAGAAGCCGAGCGCUCGGAAAGAAACACGUUCGCCGAGAGGCUGUCUGCAGUUGAAGCCAUCGCUAAUGCCAUUUCAGUGGUGUCUAGCAACAGUUCGGGAAACCGGACCGGAUCGUCCAGCAGUCGCGGUCUCCGCCUACGAGAGAUGAUGAGGCGCUCGCUCCGAGCCGCCUCCAUGGGCCGCCACGAGUCAGGCCCAUCCUCCAGUGACCACCAGGACCCGGUGUCCCCACCCAUCGCCCCGCCUAGCUGGGUCCCGGACCCCCCACCCAUGGAUCCUGACGGUGACAUCGAUUUCAUCUUGGCCCCCGCAGUCGGCUCGCUCACGACCGCGUCCACCGGCCCCAGUCAAGGUCCGAGCACAUCCACCAUUCCAGGCCCGUCAUCUGAAGCGUCCGUGGUGGAGAGCAAAGACCGCAAGGCCAACGCUCACCUGAUCCUCAAACUGAUGUGUGACAGCGUCGUCCUGAGACCUCAUCUACGAGAACUGCUCUCUGCAAAGGACGCACGAGGCAUGACUCCGUUUAUGCUGGCCGUCAGCGGGAGGGCGUACCCUGCAGCCAUCACUGUCCUGGAGGCAGCCCAAAAAAUAGCCAAGGGAGAGUCCAGUAUCGGGGACAAGGACGACGUGAACUCCAUGUUUAUGGAAAUGAUCUGUCCUGCAGGGACAAACCCCGACGACUCGCCGCUCUACGUGCUCUGCUGUAACGACACCUGCAGCUUCACCUGGACAGGAGCUGAGCACAUCAACCAGGACAUCUUUGAGUGCAGGACAUGUGGUUUGCUGGAGUCUCUGUGCUGCUGCACCGAGUGUGCCAGGGUUUGCCACAAAGGCCACGACUGCAAGCUCAAGAGAACGUCUCCCACUGCGUACUGUGACUGCUGGGAGAAGUGCAAGUGCAAAACCCUGAUCGCCGGACAGAAAGCGGCACGCCUUGAUCUACUCUAUAGGCUGCUGACCACCACCAACCUAGUGACGAGUCCCAACAGCAGGGGUGAGCACAUCUUGCUGUUCCUGGUGCAGACCGUUGCACGGCAGAGUGUGGAGCACUGUCAGUACCGGCCGCCCCGGAUCAGGGAGGACAGGAACCGCAAGGCUGUUAAUGCAGAAGAUUCAGAUAUGCCAGAUCAUGACCUAGAGCCUCCACGCUUUGCCCAGCUGGCUCUGGAGCGCGUGCUGCAGGACUGGAACGCUCUUAAGUGCAUGAUUAUGUUCGGCUCGCAGGAGAACAAAGAUCCGCUUAGCGCGAGCAGCCGGAUUGCUCAUCUCUUACCGGAAGAGCAGAUGUACCUGAACCAGCAGAGCGGUACGAUCAGGCUGGAUUGCUUCACUCACUGCCUCAUCGUCAAAUGUGCUCCAGACCUCACUUUUAUUGACACACUGCUGGGCACACUGGUGAAGGAACUGCAGAACAAAUACACUCCAGGUCGCAGAGAAGAGGCCAUCUGCGUCACGCGCCGCUUCCUGCGCUCCGUCGCCAGGGUUUUUGUCAUCCUUAGCGUAGAGAUGGCUUCGUCCAAGAAGAAAAAUAACUUCGUUCCGCAGCCCAUAGGGAAGUGCAGGCGCGUUUUCCAGGCGCUCCUGCCUUAUGCCGUCGAGGAGUUGUGUAACGUAGCAGAGUCUCUGAUCGUACCGGUGCGCAUGGGCAUCGCCAGGCCGACCGCACCGUUCACGCUGGCCAGCACCAGCAUCGACGCCGUGCAGGGCAGCGAGGAGCUUUUCUCUGUGGAGCCGUUGCCCCCACGGCCCUCACCCGAUCAGUCCAAUAAUUCCAGCCAAUCAGCCUCCUCUUACAUCAUCAGGAACCCUCAGCCACGGCGCAGCAGCCAAUCGCAGACCGCACGCGGACGAGACGAGGAGCAGGACGACAUCGUGUCUGCCGACGUCGAGGAGGUGGAGGUGGUGGAGGGAGUCGCCGGGGAGGAAGAUCACCACGACGACCAGGAGGAGCAAGGCGAAGAGCCUGCCGAAGCUGAGGGACAGCAUGACGAACACGACGAGGACGGAAGCGACAUGGAGCUCGAUCUGUUAGCCGCCGCCGAGACGGAGAGCGACAGCGAAAGUAACCAUAGCAACCAGGACAAUGCAAGCGGGCGCCGCAGCGUCGUCACGGCAGCGACGGCGGGUUCUGAAGCAGGUGCCAGCAGCGUGCCUGCCUUCUUCUCCGAGGACGACUCCCAGUCGAACGACUCGAGUGAUUCAGACAGCAGCAGCAGUCAGAGCGAUGACGCCGAUCAGGAGACGUACCUGCUGGACGAACCGCUCGAGAGGACCACAGGAUCUGCCCAUGCCAACAGUGCCGCUCAGGCCCCACGCUCCAUGCAGUGGGCAGUGCGCACCACUCCCAGCCAGCGCACAGCCGGGGGCGCCCCCACCAGCUCCUCCACUCCCGCAGCGAGCUCUGCAGGCCUCAUCUACAUCGACCCCUCUAACCUGCGCCGCAGCAGCGCCAUCAGCACCAGCGCUGCCGCCGCGGCCGCAGCCCUGGAGGCCAGCAACUCCAGCAGCUACCUGACGUCUGCCAGCAGCCUGGCAAGAGCUUACAGCAUCGUCAUCCGCCAGAUUUCUGACCUCAUGAGCCUCAUCCCCAAAUACAACCACCUGGUUUACUCGCAGUACCCCGCUGCAGUGAAACUCACCUAUCAGGAUGCAGUCAACCUACAGAACUUUGUUGAGGAGAAACUGGUCCCAACGUGGAACUGGAUGGUGUCCAUCAUGGACUCGACGGAGGCUCAGUUGCGCUACGGUUCGGCUCUGUCGUCUGCGGGAGACCCCGGGCACCCGAGCCACCCGCUGCACGCCUCUCAGAACUCCGGCCGCAGGGAGCGCAUGACUGCACGUGAGGAGGCCAGCCUGCGGACGCUUGAGGGACGCAGGCGUGCGGCUACUUUGUUGACUGCUCGUCAGGGCAUGAUGUCAGCGCGUGGCGACUUCCUGAACUACGCACUCUCCCUGAUGCGCUCCCAUAACGACGAGCACUCUGACGUGCUGCCCGUGCUGGACGUGUGCUCGCUGAAACACGUGGCCUACGUCUUCCAGGCCCUCAUUUACUGGAUAAAAGCCAUGAACCUACAGACCACGCUGGAUACCUCACAGAUGGACAGGAAGAGGAACCGUGACCCGUUGGAACUCGCGUUGGACAACGAGGACUCGGAGCACGAGAAUGAUGAGGACACCAAUCAGAGCUCCACCCUUCAGGAUAAGGAGGAGGAGCCUGUUCCUUCAGAAACAGGUCAGCACCACCCAUUCUUCCGUCGCUCCGACUCCAUGACCUUCCUCGGCUGCAUUCCGCCGAAUCCCUUCGAAGUCCCAGUGGCUGAGGCCAUCCCUCUUGCUGACCAGCCUCACCUGCUGCAGCCAAACGCUAGGAAGGAGGACCUGUUCGGGCGGCCAAGUCAAGGCCUCUACUCAUCCUCCUACAUGGCAAGCAAAGGUCUCUCAGAGCUCACUGUGGACAUGAACUGUUUACAGAUUCUGCCCACAAAGAUGUCCUAUUCAGCUAAUAUGAAAAACGUCAUGAGUAUGGAGUCUCGGCAGAGGGGUGAAGAGCCGCAAAUGACGGCGCAGGACAUGGACGUCUCUAAGCCCGGCCCCUCCCCCCAAGAUCUUGCUGCCCAGUUAAAGAGUAGCCUCCUCGCGGAGAUUGGUCUGACUGAGAGCGAAGGCCCACCUCUUCCCACUUUUAUUCCUCACUGCAGCUUCAUGGGCAUGGUGAUCUCUCACGACAUGCUGCUGGGACGAUGGCGUCUCUCCCUCGAGCUCUUCGGCCGUGUCUUCAUGGAGGACGUAGGGGCUGAACCCGGAUCUAUCCUAACCGAGCUGGGUGGUUUCGAGGUGAAGGAGUCAAAGUUUCGGCGGGAGAUGGAGAAGCUGCGGAAUCUGCAGUCUCGCGAUUUGGCCUUGGAGGUGGACCGUGACCGUGACCAGCUCAUCCAACAGACCAUGCGUCAGCUCAACACACACUUUGGCCGCCGCUGCACUAGCACGCCCAUGGCUGUGCACCGCGUCAAGGUCACCUUCAAGGACGAGCCCGGCGAGGGCAGCGGCGUGGCACGCAGCUUCUACACGGCCAUCGCACAGGCCUUUCUGUCUAACGACAAACUGCCCAACCUGGACUGCGUACAGAGCGUCAGCAAGGGCAUGCAGGCCAGCAAUUUGAUGCAGCGCUUGAGAAACCGGGACCGGGAAAGGGAGAGGAGGAGCGGUGGCCUGAGGGCAGGAUCCCGAAGAGACCGAGACAGCUUGCUGCUUGUGUGCUAUAGGGACUCUCGGAGGCAGCUGUCCAUCGACACCAGGCCGUUCCGUCCUGCUUCAGAGGGAAACCCCAGCGACGAGCCAGACCCUCUGCCCGCUCACAGACAGGCUUUAGGGGAGCGUCUGUACCCCCGUGUCCAUGCCAUGCAGCCGGCAUUUGCCAGUAAAAUCACAGGCAUGUUGCUGGAGCUCUCGCCUGCUCAGCUGCUGCUGCUGUUGGCCAGCGAGGAUUCUCUCCGAGCCCGUGUAGAGGAGGCCAUGGAGCUCCUCAUCACACACGGAAGGGAAAAUGGCGCUGACAGCAUACUGGAUCUCGGUCUCCUCGACACUCCAGAGAAAGCACAGCAGGAGAACAGGAAGAGACACGCCUCCACCCGCAGUGUGGUGGACAUGGAGCUGGAUGAUACGGACGACGGUGACGAUAACGCGCCUCUGUUUUACCAGCCUGGAAAGAGGGGCUUCUACUCGCCCCGACCUGGAAAAAACUCCGAGGCCAGGCUGAACUGCUUCCGCAACAUCGGCAGAAUACUCGGCCUGUGUCUCUUGCAGAAUGAACUUUGCCCCAUCACCCUGAAUAGGCACGUCAUCAAAGUGCUGCUGGGUAGAAAGGUGAACUGGCACGACUUUGCAUUCUUCGACCCGGUGAUGUACGAGAGUUUGCGGCAGUUGAUUCGCCACUCGCAGGCGAGCGAGGCCGAGGCCGUGUUCGCCGCCAUGGACCUCGCUUUCGCCAUCGACCUCUGCAAGGAAGAAGGAUCCGGACAGGUGGAGCUGUUGGCGGGCGGUGGUAGCAUGCCUGUAACCCCUCAGAACGUGUACGAGUACGUGAGGAAAUAUGCUGAACACAGGAUGCUGGUUGUAGCGGAGCAGCCUCUGCAUGCCAUGAGGAAGGGCCUUCUGGACGUGCUCCCUAAGAACGCUCUGGAGGAUCUCACAGCCGAAGACUUCAGGCUGCUCGUCAAUGGCUGCGGCGAGGUCAACGUGCAGAUGCUCAUCAGCUUCACCUCCUUCAAUGAUGAAUCCGGUGAGAACGCAGAGAAGCUGUUGCAGUUUAAACGCUGGUUUUGGUCCAUCGUGGAGAAAAUGAGUAUGACCGAGAGGCAGGAUCUGGUGUAUUUCUGGACAUCCAGCCCGUCCCUACCUGCCAGCGAGGAAGGUUUUCAGCCGAUGCCGUCCAUCACCAUCAGGCCUCCGGACGACCAACACCUGCCCACAGCCAACACGUGCAUCUCACGUCUCUACGUGCCGCUCUACUCCUCCAAACAGAUCCUCAAGCAGAAGCUCCUCCUCGCCAUCAAGACCAAGAACUUCGGCUUUGUGUAGAGGGUGACGAGUGUUUACUUACAUGUUGUGUAAUAUUACUAGUUCCAUUUUUGUAGAUUUUUUUGUCUAUACAGUUUUAUGAAAUUUAAAAGGAAGUGCUGUCCCAUCCUUGGCGGUAUUAGGAUUUUUUUUUUUUCCUUCUUUCCUUCCCCUCCUCCCCUUCAUUUUUUUUCCUUUGCAGUCUGGGUCGUGAACGAGCGCACGGCACGUUCUCAUUUCGUUUUUCUUUCCGUUUUCUGAGUAAACGUACAUUCCUGCAUUGGCUCCAUUGGCUCGAACCGUAACUCCCCAGGAAAAAUCGGCCCGACAGCAAACUGUCCGCCGAACUGCAGCCAAAGACGACAGCAGAUGUAUUUAAAGAAAAAGAAAGAUUUCACUGUGAUGAUGAAUUUGUUUUCCCCCUUCAUUGCCCUGAACGUAAACAUUAAUGACUGAGAGUUCACUGCUGCCUUUGUGGAAAAAAAAAAAAAAAAAAAGAGUCUUUCUUGUAUAGGGGGCGUAGGGAAUUUCAAAAUAAACUUGGAUGCAAACCAUUA